CCCCUCCUCCCUCCCUCCCAGCCCAGCCCAGUCAGCCCCUGAUCAACACCCAAAAUGCCCCCUCCCAAAAUCGCCAUCAUCGGCGCCGGUCCCGCCGGCCUCUUACUCGCCCGUCUCCUCUACCGGAAGCAAAUCAACGUGAGCGUCUUCGAAGCCGAGGCGUCCCCGCACGCGCGAACCCAAGGAGGGACGCUCGACCUGCAUCCCAAGACCGGUCUCGCGGCGCUCAAAGCCGCAGAUCUCUACGAGGAGUUUCUGCACUUCGCGAGGUUCGAGUCCUCGUCUUUGACGAUCACGGAUAAACAUACCCAGCCGUAUUUCCAACUUCCGUCCGUGUUGGCGGGGAAUCCGGAGAUUGAUCGGGUGGAAUUGCGUGGGUUGUUGUUGGGGUCGAUCCCGGGGGAAGUAGUACGAUGGGAGCAUCGGUUUAGGGGGUUUGUUGUGGAUGGGGAGAGUGGGAAGGUGGAGGUACGGUUUGAGAAUGGGGUUGUGGAAGGGGGGUUUGAUUUGGUGGUUGGGGCGGAUGGGGCGUGGAGUCGGGUUCGAGGGGGAUUGAGUUCGGCGUCCUCUACGCAGCAGGAAGCUGUGGUAGAGCCGGAGUAUUCUGGGCUUGCGGGAUAUAAUAUGUCGAUUCCGAAUGCGAGGGAGAGGGCUCCGGGGUGUUGUGAGCUCGUUCGAGGGGGGAAUUUGUUUGCGUUUUCGGAUGGGAGGUCGAUUAUGGGGCAGAAGAUGGGGGAUGGGAGUAUUUAUGUUUCAGUUUGGGGACGGUAUUCAGAGGAAUGGGCUAGGGAGAAGAGAGGACUGGUGUUGGGCCUGUCUAGGGAGGAGAUCGUUGAGGAGUAUGUGGGUUGGAGUGAGGAGUUGUUGGACUUGAUUCGUCUGUCCGAGGGCAGUAUCCGCAUCAAUGCCUUCUAUAUGUUGCCGGUGGGGUUCAAAUGGACUCAUCGACCUGGGAUCACUUUGAUCGGGGAUGCAGCACAUCUGAUGACACCGGUUGCUGGCGAGGGUGUCAAUAUUGCUCUCGAAGAUGCCAUGCGUUUGGCGGAGGCCAUCACUAGUUCAUCUUCAACCCCUACCCGGGCAUUGGAUGAUUAUAUUGCAUCGUAUGAGAGAGAGAUGUUUAAACGAGCAUUCAGAGCGCAGAAACUGACGCAGAAAAUGAUGCAAUGCAUGUACUUCACCGAGGGAGCACCACGCACCGGGAUCGAAAACUGGGUGAUUGCCCGAGCGGCCCAUGACUGUCAUCCAGUUGCGGAACCAGUUGUGAGACCUUUUCUAAAGGCCGGGGUAUAUAGUCUGUACUUUGUCUUCAAGCGUUUUGUACGAUAA